AUGAAAAUGGAAAUAAUGGGUGAAAGUCAAAUUAAUGAUAAAAUAAAAGUUUUAAAUGUUUUUCAGAAUGAAGAGAUAGUAGAAAAUACGGAAAAACAACAAAUUUCUAAUAAAUUUGAAUUUGAAAAAGGAAUAAUACGUAAUGCAAUAGUUUCAACAAAUACAAGUAAAUUUUCAAAAUUGAAUGAAAAAGAAAGAGAUAAAAAAAAUUGUAUUAUAUUUCGUGAGCAAUGUGAAUACUGUUUAGCGAAUUACUCAAUAAGUGGAAACUUAAUUUUAACAAAAGAAUCCUUAUUAUUUGAACCAGAUUUAAGAGAUAAAAAUGUUAUUAUUAAUGGAUUUGGUACAUAUCAAAUAUUUAUUGAUUUGUAUGAUAUUUACGAAUGUGCUCACAUUGUAGUACCGACUAAAGAUACUUAUUUAUGUAAUAAUGAAGAAACAUGUGGAUUUAUUCAAGUUUUAUUAAAAAGUAUAUAUAACAGAAUAUGUGAUGAUUCAGGGAAUAAAAAAAAUAGUGGUAAUAUUAAUCCUAAUAAUGAUAGUAACAGUAAUAAUACUAAUAAUGAAGUUAGUAAACAAAAAAGUAUAUCAUACUAUAAAUAUAUAAGCAAAAGUUUAUCUUUCGUUUAUAAUCUGGCCCAUCCAUUAGUUCAAAACGCAUCAUUUAAAGAUUUUAAAAAUGACAAAAGUAAAAAAAGUGACUCAGCAGAUUCAUCUACUGGCAUGUCAAAAAUAAGUGAAAAAAAUGAAAAUGAAGAAAAUGCAUUAACAAAAAAAAAAAAAAAUAGUUUCAUUAAUUUUGAUAUAUAUUCAAAUUGUAAUAUUAUAGAUCAUUUACAUGAUAGUGAUUUAAAAAUUUAUCAAAAAAUUAAUGAAACAAAUUAUAGUAAUGUUUCUUCAUCUCACCCAAUUAUAACAUAUAAAAACAAUUUAAAUUUAGUUAAUUCUGAUUCCUCUUGUAAAGAAGAUAACUCUAGUAAUAAUGGAAAAAAAAAAAAUAAUUUAUAUAAUUUAACAGAAGAUGGGAAGUUGGAAAAUGGAUUUACACAAAAUGAAUUAUUAAAAAAUGAUAAUGAAGAAAAAAUAGUACAGAGAAAUGAAGACCAUCUUGAACAUGAUAUAAAUGAUAAAUAUAAUUUAAACAAAAGUGAAAAUAAUGAAAGUAUAAAUAGGACUAAUUUAGAAGAAAAAAAAAAUUAUACAUUAAAAGAUAUAUCAUUGAAGAAUGAUAAUAUAAUUCAAAAUGAUAAAAACAAUUUAGAUAAAAUAGAAAAAGAAGAAAAACUCUCUUCGCAUGAAAUAAAAAACUCUAUUUCUAAUAAUAAUAAUAGAAAUAAAAUUUCUUCUGAUAUACAUAAUAAUGAUUCAGAUAAUAAUACAAAUAAUAUUUCUAAUGACUCGUUAAAUGAUGAUAAUAGUUUAAAAGAAAAUUUGAAGAACAAAUUGGGAACAGAUAUAGAAAACGAAAUAAAUAAGAGAUCACAUAAAAAAUAUGAAGAAAAAAGUUUUAUAUUAUUUAGGUUUUUUAAUAAUAAUAAAGCAUAUGAAACAACAACUAAAAUAAUUAAGGAAAUUGAUGAAGUUAGAAAAACUGAAAAUAAAAUAAAAAAGACAAUAACUUCAGUACCAUUUACAUCUAAUGAGCUAUUAAGAUGUAUUAUUGAGCAAUCUUUAAAAACUAAUGAAUCAAAAAAAGUAGAAAAGUCUAGUUCAUUAAAUGAUAAUAAAGAUCAAAAAUAUCAAGUAAUAGUUCCAAAAUUAGAGUAUAUUAAUGGUUCAGUCAAAUUAUUAAAUAAACAAAUGACUAAACAGAUAAACUAUUAUUUACCACCAACAUUAAGUAUUAAGAUAUGGAAAUUAGCAUUCUGUUCAAGUAUUCACGGAGUAUCAUUUAAAACAUUAUAUAGAAGUGUUUAUAAUAAAGGAAGUGUAAUUUUAUUAAUAUAUGAUAUGGAUAAUGUAUUGUUUGGAUAUUUUUUAGAUAAAUUACAUUGUGAUAAUUGCUAUUAUGGUUCUGGAGAAAACUUUUUAUUUACUUUCAAAAAUUCUGAUGAUAAAAAAAAAGAAAAUAAUAAUAACAUUACAAAUAAUAUUAAUAAAGAAUAUAUAAAGGAUUCAUAUAAUUAUCCCAUUGAUGUUGCUUCAGAAAAGACCUUUGAAAAAAUAGAAAAAAAUGAUUUUUCUAUAGAAAAAAAUAAUAACACGAAUAGACAAGAUAAUGAUUCUGAAAAUAAAAAUUUAUAUGUUAAAUUAACUGGUCACUUAGAAAAUAAUCUGAAAGAAUCAAUUAAACAAUAUCCUAAUCAAGAAUUUAACUCUAGUUCUAAUAAUUAUUUAAAUACAUCGGAUGCUCAUAUAACUAAAGAAUCUAAAAAAAUUUCCAAUCAUAGUACAAAUUGUACUAAUGAAGAAAUUAUUAAUUCAAUUAGCCAAAUAAAUAAUUAUAAUUAUGAUAAAAAUAUUUCUAUUACUGAAAAUUAUGCAUUAAAUGAAAAUAAUAGCAAUACUAAUUGUACUAACGAUAAUAUUAAUACUUCCAUACAAGUAUAUACAUGGACAACUAAAAAUAACUAUUUUGUUUAUUCUGACGAAAAAUCAAUUAUGGUUGGAGGUGGAGAUAAUUACGCACUAGUUAUUAACGAAGAUUUAUGCAAAGGGCAAACAAAUAGAAGUAAUACAUAUGAUAAUGAUUUGUUAACAUAUGAUGAAGAGUUUGAAAUUCAAUUUUUGCAAUUAUGGAUUUUUGAAGAUUAUUAA